ACAUCAUUCGUGGUAGCUUACUUUUCUUGUUCUUCACCUCCAAAACCACCAUUUUCCCCAUUGUCCCCCAAACCCUUGUUAGAAUCUCCAUCCCUUUUUCAGCGAUCAAGCUUCAAGAUUCAAUCUUCAAGCCUCCAAUGGCCUCUCAUCACCAUCCCCAUCAACCCCAUUUCCACCAAAACCAUCUUCCCUUCGCCUGUUGCUGCGGCGGUGGCGGCGGCGGGGAUUUCACUACUACCUGUUUCCAAACUCACCGCCCCUCUCCUCACCUCCCGGCGUCUUCGUCCGACCCUCUUAUUCAAGCUCUUGCUUCUCAAAUCCUUCAAUCCGCCCAAUUUCACCAAUACCCAACUCUCCGUUCCCAAAAGUUUCAAUCACACUAUCAAUUUCUCGGUCCCCAAAGUCAGAAGAAACAAGAGAUUCCUCAAGUCCUUCACCAUUCUACUGUUUCUUCUCUUCUCUCCCGCAUCGAAGCUCUUGAAUCCUCCCUCCCUCGUGUUUUUGCUUCUCAUCUUCCUUCCCAAUCUCUCCGCCAUGUUGCUGCCAGUACAAUCCAAACCCAUUUUCGAGCGUUCCUUGUUCGUAGAUCCCGAGCUUUCAGUGAGCUUAAAGAUCUCGCCAUCAUCAAGUCUAGAUAUGAAUCUCUGCAAUCGUCGUUUUCCAAUGGAUUGUACUUCGAUCGUAACGCCAUUUCUCUCGAAAUAAUGGAUUUUCUUCUCCAUCUCGAUUCCAUUCAGAGUAGUGAUCCAAUGGUCAAAGACAGCAAGAAGAACCUUAUCAGAGACUUGGUUCAGUUCUUGGAACGAAUCGAUAAUUUUGCUGUGAAGAAGAGAAACGGACUUCCAAAUCUGAGGUCAGGCCAAAAUGUUAGUAAAUUUAGGGUUCCUUCUAAUCCCAAGCAUAAAUGCUGUGAGAAUCAGAAGGAAACUAUUGAGAAAUUAAAGAACAGAGUUGAAAAGAUUUGUGAGCGUUCAAGAAUUCUUGAGAAUAAUGUGAAAGAAGAGGAGGAAGAGUUGGAGGAGUCUCCUAGGAUCACUAUCAAAGAGAAUAAUCAAACUCGAAAUCGAAACCUUGUGAAAAACCAUCAAAUUCUUCAACCUAGAGUGAAGAAAAGUGUUAGAUUUGCUGAGAAUGGAGACUUAUCUAGAGUUUUAGGUAGCAAAAAUCCACAUGAAGAUUAUGGUGUUAUGGAUGAAAGGGAUUCAAGUGAUGAACUUGUGGAGGAUACUUGCAAUGAAGCAAUGGAGAUUAAGGAAUCUUCUGAGGAAGCUGAGGAUGAUGAAGAAGGACAUGGAGAUGGAGAUGGCGAAUCUCCAGAGGUCAGUGAUGGAGAAAGAAACCGUAGAAGGAAGAUGAUGACUGGUAACAAUGGAGUUUCUGCAUUCACUGCUCCAUUACCUUUGAAGAUGGAGAAUAAAGCUGAUUUGAUGAAUAACAGAAAGUCUCUGAAAAUAUUGGGAUGAGUAUGUAAAACUUUAACCAAUUUGUUAACCUUUUUUGUAUUUUAGAUUUGAAAAUCUUUAUUGGUUACGGUAUGAUCAUCUGGUUUCAUGAAUGUGAUUCUCUGUCUUGUUUUGAUAUCAAAUGCAAGAGGCUUAUUUGGUUUCUUGUAAGGAGAAAACCCUCUUAGACAGAACUAACUUGCCUGUGUUUUUGUGUAAAUGAAACUUCACUUUCUACUUGUUUCA